UGUCCCCAGCCAGCGCCUCCUGCAGCAGAGGCCAAGUUUGGGGCUGGGUAGGUCUCCGGCUGGCUCAGCUUCGGGCUCGGGUGGCUUUGGGAAGGGGCACUGAGUGAUUCACCUAAGAGGGUGGGGCCACAGGUGGGAGGGGCCCGUGAGGUGGAUCAUUAACCGGAGGGGGGCCCUGGGAGGUGUAGGGCUCAGCCCCAUUGGUCCCCAACCCGAUCAGGCCAGGCUGCCCUCCUGGCUUUGUCCCGCUGUCCCCUUGGCUUGGCCUCACUUUCCUCUAAGCCCUUCCUGGUGCUGGGAUGGCAGAGGCGGGCCUGAGGGGCUGGCUGCUCUGGGCCCUGCUCCUGCAGGUGGCCCGGGGUGAGCUGUAUACGCCCGUGCACCGGCUCGGCUACUGCGCCUUCUACGACGAGUGUGGGAGGAACCCCGAGCUGACCGGAAGCCUGGCCUCGCUGUCCAACGUGUCCUGCCUGUCCAACACGCCUGCCCGUCUGGUCACCGGUGACCACCUGGCCCUCCUGCAGCGCGUCUGCCCCCGCCUCUACGCUGGCUCCACCACCACCUACGCCUGCUGCUCCCCCAAGCAGCUGGUGUCCCUGGAGGCGAGCCUGGCGGUGUCCAAGGCCCUGCUGACCCGAUGCCCGGCCUGCUCGGACAACUUCGUGAGCCUGCACUGUCACAACACGUGCAGCCCCAAUCAAAGCCUCUUCAUCAACGUGACACGCGUGGCGGUGCAGAGGGACAGCCAGCCCCCGGCCGUGGUGGCCUACGAGGCUUUCUACCAGCGCAGCUUUGCGGAGCAGACCUACGACUCCUGCAGCCACGUGCGCAUCCCAGCAGCCGCCACACUGGCCGUGGGGGCCAUGUGCGGGGUCUACGGCUCCACUCUCUGCAACGCCCAGCGCUGGCUCAAUUACCAAGGGGACACAGGGAACGGCUUGGCGCCCCUGGACAUCACCUUCCACCUGUGGCAGCCCGUCCAGGCCUCAGGGAGCGUGAUGCAGCCCCUGGACGGGGAUGUCACAGCCUGCAAUGAGUCCCAGGGCGAGGGCGCAGCCGCCUGCUCCUGCCAGGACUGUGCCGCAUCGUGCCCGGCCAUCACCCGGCCCCAGGCCCUGGAUGCCACCUUCCGCCUGGGCCGCAUGGCGGGCGGGCCGGCACUGGGCAUCAUCCUCUGCUCCGUCCUCGUGGUGCUCACCGCCCUCCUUGUGUGGCCCCGCCUGGCCCCCUGCAGGGGCGGGGGCCGGGCGCCUGACCCCAUGACGGGCGCCAGCCUCUCCAACAGGCUCAGCCUCUACAUCUACACCCUCCUUAGCCGGUGCUUCCAGGGCUGGGGCACGUGGGUGGCCUCGUGGCCGGUGACUGUCCUGGGGGUGUCCAUCUCCGUGGUGGUGGCCUUGGCAGGGGGCCUGGCCUUUCUGGAACUGACCACGGACCCCGUGGAGCUGUGGUCGGCCCCCCAGAGCCGAGCCCGGUGGGAGAAGGCGUUCCACGAUCAGCACUUCGGCCCGUUCUUCCGAACCAACCAGGUGAUCCUGACGGCUCCAAACCGGCCCAGCUACAGGUACGACUCCCUGCUGCUGGGGCCCAAGAACUUCAGCGGCGUGCUGGCGUCCGACCUGCUGCUGGAGCUGCUGGGCCUGCAGGAGAGGCUGCGACGCCUACAGGUGUGGUCGCCGGAGGAGCAGCGCAACGUCACCCUGCGGGACGUCUGCUACGCGCCCCUCAACCCGCACAACGCCAGCCUGUCCGACUGCUGCGUCAACAGCCUCCUGCAGUACUUCCAGAGCAACCGCACGCGCCUGCUGCUCACGGCCACCCAGACGCUGGCGGGCCAGACCGCCCCGGUCGACUGGCGGGACCACUUCCUGUACUGUGCCAACGCCCCGCUCACCUUCCAAGACGGCACGGCCCUGGCCCUGAGCUGCAUGGCCGACUACGGGGCCCCCGUGUUCCCUUUCCUUGCUGUGGGGGGCUACAGAGGGAAGGACUACUCUGAGGCGGAGGCCCUGAUUAUGACCUUCUCCCUCAACAACUACCCUCCUGGGGACCCCCGGCUGGCCCAGGCCAAGCUCUGGGAGGCAGGCUUCUUGGAGGAGAUGCGAGCCUUCCAGAGGCGAACUGCCGGCACCUUCCAAGUCACAUUCAUGGCGGAGCGCUCCCUGGAAGAUGAAAUCAACCGCACCACGGCCGAGGACCUGCCCAUCUUCGCGGUCAGCUACUUGGUCAUCUUCCUGUACAUGUCCCUGGCCCUGGGCAACUACACCAGCUGGCGACGCUUGCCGGUGGACGCCAAGGCCACGCUGGGCUUGGGCGGGGUGGUCGUGGUGUUGGGAGCCGUCAUGGCCGCCAUGGGCCUCUUCUCUUACCUGGGCGUCCCCUCCUCCCUGGUGGUCCUUCAAGUGGUGCCUUUCCUGGUGCUGGCCGUGGGGGCCGACAACAUUUUCAUCUUGGUUCUGGAGUACCAGAGGCUUCCACGGAGGCCCGGGGAGCGGCCGGAGACCCACAUCGGCCGAGCACUGGGCAGAGUGGGGCCCAGCAUGCUGCUGUGCAGCGCCUCCGAGGCCAUCUGCUUCUUCAUGGGGGCCCUGACCCCCAUGCCCGCGGUGCGGACCUUUGCGCUGACCUCCGGCGUCGCGGUGAUCCUCGACUUCCUGCUGCAGGUGUCGGCCUUCGUGGCCCUGGUCUCCCUUGACAGCAGGAGGCAGGAGGCCUCGCGGCCGGACAUCUGCUGCUGCGUGGGCGCCCAGGACCUGCCGGCGCCCAGCCAGGGCGAGGGACUCCUGCUCCGGUUCUUCCGCAGGGUCUACACCCCGCUCCUGCUGCACCGUGUCACCCGCGUGGUGGUGCUGCUGGUGUUCCUGGCCCUGUUCGGGGCGGGUCUCUACUUCAUGGGCCGCAUCAGCGUGGGGCUGGACCAGGAGCUGGCCCUGCCCAAGGUGAGGCAUGGUGCGCUGUGCCAGGUCCCCUGGGAGGCAGGGAGGGCCUGCAGCACAGCGGGUGGGUCUGGCUGGGGUGCAGGACUGCUCCCCGGCCUGCGGCCUGCGGCCUGCAGAGAGAGCCUCAUCUCCAGCCCCAGUCCAGGCAGAGUGACCAGCUGGCUGAGCUCCUGCCUUGUGAGGCCUGAGUCCCCGGGCUUGGUCUCCGUGGGGGCCCCGGUGUACUUUGUCACCACCGGGGGCUUCAACUUCUCGAGCACGGAGGGCAUGAACAGCAUCUGCUCCAGCGCUGGCUGCGACAGCUCCUCCUUGUCGCAGAAGAUCCAGCAUGCCACCAAGUUUCCUGAGCAGUCUUACUUGGCCAUCCCUGCCUCCUCAUGGGUGGACGACUUCAUCGACUGGCUGACGCCGCCCUCCUGCUGCCGCAUUUAUGCGUUUGGCCCCAAUAAGGACGAGUUCUGCCCCUCAACUGUCAGCUCCCUGGCCUGCUUGAAGAACUGCAUGGGCUUCACGCUCGGCCCUGUCCGGCCCUCGGCGGAGCAGUUCCGCCAGUACCUUCCCUGGUUCCUGAGCGACCCACCCAACAUCAAGUGCCCCAAAGGGGGCCUGGCAGCCUACAGCACCUCUGUGGACUUGGGCACCGACGGCCAGGUUCUAGCCUCACGCUUCAUGGCCUACCACACGCCGCUGAGGGACUCGCACGAGUACACGGAGGCUCUGCGGGCCACCCGGGCGCUGGCAGCCAACAUCACCGCUGACUUGCGGAGGGUGCCGGGCACCGACCCCGCCUUCGAGGUCUUCCCCUACACGGUCACCAGCGUGUUCUACGAGCAGUACCUGACCUUGCUGCCUGAGGGGCUGGCCACGCUGGGGCUCUGCCUGCUGCCCACCUUCGCCAUCUGCUGCCUCCUGCUGGGCAUGGACCUUCGCUCCGGCCUCCUCAACCUCUUCUCCAUCCUCAUGAUCCUGGUGGACACCGUGGGCUUCAUGGCCCUGUGGGGCAUCAGCUACAACGCUGUGUCCCUCAUCAACCUGGUCACGGCAGUGGGCAUCUCCGUGGAGUUCGUGUCCCACAUCACCCGCUCCUUUGCCAUCAGCACCAAGCCCACGCGGCUGGAGAGGGCCAAGGAGGCCACUACCUCCAUGGGCAGUGCGGUGUUCGCCGGGGUGGCCAUGACCAACAUGCCGGGCAUCCUGGUCCUGGGCCUGGCCAAGGCGCAGCUCGUCCAGAUCUUCUUCUUCCGCCUCAGCCUCGUCCUCACCCUGCUGGGCCUGCUGCACGGACUGGUCUUCCUGCCCGUCGUCCUCAGCUACCUGGGGCCUGACGUCAACCCGGCUCUGGUGCUUGAGCAGGAGUUGGAAGAGGAGGCAGCGGUGGCCGGAACGGCCUCCUGCUCAAAGCACCCCUCCCCAGCACGCCCAGCCGACUGCGUCUACGUCAAUCACGGCUUUGAACAUCCUGCCAAGAGCUCGGGUGGCCUUGGUGGCUCUCUGCCCCCCAGUGGGCAGAGGUUGUGAUGCGGCCAGAGCCCAUCCAGGCUUGAGGGGCGGGAGGGCUCCCCGUGGGAACCUGGACCCAUCCUACGUCACAGGGAGCCCUCUGGCCUGCAGGUCCCUGGUUUCCAAGCCAUUCUCGCCUCGCCCACUCCCCGCCCACCUCCCCUUUGAACUCACCGUUCCCCGCAAAACAGUGAGUCUCUCACGCUCGCUGUCUCUAAGGGCAGAGAGUGACCCGCAGGGCUGCAGGAGGCUGGGGAGGGGCUUCCUGCUGGCGCGGCAGUAGCGCGGUAGCGGAACUUUCUGGAAAGCACCCUGGCCAUGGUUUGACCUCCUGGGAAAUGGCAUUUGGUUUGGCCUCCCGCUCCAACGAUGACAAAGGCAGAGAUGGCCCACAUGGCUGCGAGCAUGUGUGCCCCUAAGGACGGGCCAGCCCUCGCUUCUGUCCGCCCCGGGAGCACUGGCCACCUCUGUGCAGCACAGACUGAGGAAAGCACCUUGCUCAGAGCCCUGCACGGCGGCUCUUAAUAAACGUCUGUUGAGGAGAAACGGUGUUGGUCACGUACCCUCUUCUGGUUGCUUCUGGGUUUAAGGUCAUUUUCGUAAAUUACACAAAUAUCCCCUGCGCGGGAGGCUGAUUCGUGGAGACGUGGGUUUGUCUGUCCGGUCCCCUUUUCAGAAAGCAGCCAGGCCGUCGCGUGGACGACAGAGCCUGUGGGUCGGGCCAGAGGAGGGACCUGCAGCUGCGUCCUCUCUGGGACUAGCUUGUGACGUAGGCAAGGCCCGGAGAGUCUGCUGGAGAAGCUGGGGUGCAUUUGGAGGGGAGGGACCCACUGUGCACACGGGCAGGUCCCUGAAGGGCCUUGCAGGGGCAGCGGGGCACGGGGGUCAGGAACACAGCAUCCCAACCUCCCUGAGC